AUGGGAUUAUACUCUCCUGAAUCUGAAAAGUCUCAAUUAAAUAUGGAUUACACUGCUAAGGAUGAUUCGCAGUCCAUUUUCAGACGUCUGAAUCGGAAUCUGAAAGCAAGUAACAAUAAUAACGAUAAUAAUAGAAGUGGUUUGAACAUGAGUGAUUAUAGUAAUAAUUCGCCUUAUGGGCGCUCAUACGACGUGAGAAUUAACCAGAACUCACAAAAUAAUGGCAAUGGAUGUUUCUCUGGUAGCAUUGACUCCUUGGUUGAUGAACAUAUAAUACCAUCGCCACCUUUGUCGCCCAAGCUGGAGUCGAAAAUUGACCACAAUGGCUCACCCCGCAUGCUUUCUUCGGCACUAGUGGGAUCUACCCCCAAAGGCCCUGUAGAGAAUGUGUUGUUUGUGAAGCCUGUAUGGCCCAAUGGAUUAUCAAGGAAAAGAUACCGCUACGCCACCUACGGGUUUUUGUCUCAGUACAAAAUUUUCAGUAACCUGGCGCAACCAUAUUCUAAGAACAUUAUCAACAGAUACAAUAACCUGGCCUAUAAUGCUAGACAUAAAUAUUCCAAAUACAAUGAUGAAAUGACUCCUCCUCCUUCUUCUUCUAGAUUACCUUCUCCGUUAGCAUCCCCGAAUUUGAAUAGACAAGCGAGAUAUAAUAUGAGGAAGCAGGCGCUUUACAAUAAUAAUCUGGGGAAGUUUGAAUCAGACACUGAAUGGAUACCUCGGAAACGCAAAGUUUACUCACCACAAAGGAGAACGAUGACUACUAGUCCACAUCGUGCUAAGAAGUUCUCACCCUCUGCAUCCGCUCCUCAUACCAACAUUGCAUCCAUCGAGGCGAUUCAUGAUGCUCCUCAAUAUAUACCCAACGUCUCAUGGAAAAAACUACCAGAUUUCACUCCACCAUUGUCUACGCUACCCGCUGAUAGUAAUAAGUCAUUAAAGAUCGAAUGGAAGGGAUCUCCAAUGGAUUUGUCCACAGACCCGCUGAGGAACGAGCUACACCCCGCCGAACUAGUGUUGGCUCAAACUUUAAGGUUGCCUUGCGAUUUAUAUCUGGACUCCAAGAGAAGGCUAUUUUUGGAAAAAGUUUAUAGAUUAAAGAAAGGGUUGCCGUUCAGAAGAACGGACGCCCAGAAAGCUUGCAGGAUCGAUGUUAAUAAGGCAUCAAGGCUGUUCCAAGCUUUCGAGAAAGUUGGCUGGCUACAAGAUUCGAAUUUUACAAAGUUCUUAUAA